AUGUCGUCGUCGUCGCCCAACGGAGCUACGCUCAUCAUCUGCAUCGUAUCGUUGUUGCCGUUUAUUUCCUGCUGCCUCGCGAAUCCCCUGGAUUACAAUGCAAAAAAUUCGGACUACACAAUGGUGGACUCUAAUUCACCGGAUUGGCAGCGACGGUCGUCGUCGCCGCUUCGCAACGUGCAGGACUCGAUCGUCUGUCUGGGCAGUCCGGACGGCUGGGCGCACUAUUUCGAGCAGCUGAUCUGGGACACGACCGAGCCCAGCAACGUGCAGUUUUACUUCGCCACGAGGCGCCAGCGCAACUACACGAUGGUCGAGUUCGUCCCAGUGCAGAAACAGCAGCCAGAGGAAGAUAUUAGUGGCACGACCACGACGACAGCAGCAAUAACAACAACAAAAACAACAACAACAACAACGGUGGAUGCAGCAACAGGAGAUGUGCCAGAAACAGAAAAGAUGAUCUUGGCUAAUCUGGAGUCGAGCGAUUUCGAUAUCGGGCGUGACACUUAUGUGCUGGUGCACGGAUUCAUGUCGAGUGGCUGGGAGCCUUGGCUGAUGCAGAUGAAGGAUGCAUUGCUCGAUUACGCCGAUGCCAACGUCAUCGUGACCGAUUGGCAAAACGGCAGCAAUACGUGGAACUACAUAUCAGCCGCCUCGAGUACCAGAGUCGUUGGGGAAACAGUGGCCAAAUUGCUGAGUAGGCUGAAAGGAAGCAGCAGCGCCGAGUCUCGCGGCAAGAUCCACGUGAUCGGCCACAGUCUCGGUGCACACAUAAGCGGCCGAGCCGCCCACGUACUCAAGAAGCUCGAGGCCAAUUCCAGCGAGCCCUGGCUCGUGGAGAGGAUCACGGGCCUGGACCCGGCCCGACAGUGCUUCAACUGGACCGACGCGUCGUGCAAGCUGUCGCGCGAGCACGCGCCCUUCGUCGACGUCAUACACACCAACGGCAAGAACUCGUUCUAUCUGGGCCUGGGCAUGUACCGGCCGCUCGGCCACGCCGACUUUUAUCCCAACGGCGGCAGAAUACAGCCCGGCUGCGAGGAGAUCGAUCCGUCCUUCUGGGCGUUCCUCACGCUGCCGGCUGCGAAGAUCAAAGAGACGAUAUGCAAUCACGGGCGAGCCUAUCGCUACUUCACCGAGUCCAUCGUGAGCGCCACUCGAAGUAGCAAUUGCACCUUUCACGGCUACUCCUGGGACAUGAACUUGCAAAACGUCGUGAACUUGCUCGACACUCGAUGCCAGGAGGAGGAUCACCUGUGCGCGAGAAUGGGCAUUCACUCGGUGCUGGACUAUCCGAAGAACAAUACCGGUGUUUACUUCGUGCCCAUGGGCAUGGAGCCACCGUUUUGCGAUUUGGAAGAAGAUUACCGUGCGAGAAUCAGCGAGGAUAUAGAGCAGGCGAAGCUUGGUUUCAGAAGAAAACGUUGAUCAUAUGGGGCUUCAAGUAUUUUAGGGUACAAAAAAAAAAUUACAAUUCUCAGCGUAUUGGAGACUGCUAAACCUGUAUUGAACUUUUAUAUA